AUGGUGCAGGCGUUGCUUCAGGCGCCGGCACGGUUGCGCACGGCGAGCGCUUUGCAUGGAGCGGAGCAACGCAUGAUCUUGGUACCUGACAGCCUCUCUGUUGCGGCCCAAUUGGUAGCACAGCACCUUGCGCAGAGGAACAGUGUCACGGUCUUCGCUGACACCAAGCUCUUCAUCCUGGGCGAGCUGAAAAAGCUCGUGCAAAACUUGGAGGAGGACUUGGCGGCCGGCAGGCUCUUGUUGUUCAACAACGAGGAUUGGAACUCUUCGAGCCUGUCGGAUGUGAUGAUCCAUGCGCUGGCACCUCCAAGCCCUGCAGCCUACUGUGAUCGUUUGGCCUCCUGUCGCAAACUGGCCAUCACCCUCAUUGACUUCAAGAUGGUAGAUGGCGUCGAGAGGCUGAACAGCGCCUGGUUGGAUUUCGUCAGCGACGCUCACGAGCUGCUGCGGGGUGACGAUGCUCGCCGGCUACGAGCGAUGCGCAGGCUCGAGCGUCAUGGCUACACCAAGAUGUCAGAGUCCUUCCAAGAGGACUUCCAGUCGCAGGAGGAUGAGUUAGUUUGGCAGGCUGGAAUUGCAGAGUCUGACACAGAGUUGAUUUUUGAUCGUGGCGUGUAG